UUACAGAUUUCGUAAUUCCUUGUAAUAGAAUUACCAAAAUCAAUGAGCAAAAUAUUUUUAACCAAAUUAUACUAAAUUUAAAUAUAUUCAAUAUACUUUUAGAAUAAUAAAAAAUCAAAAUUUUCAGAUUUAAGGCAAUUAAUGGAUGAUGAUUUCGGAUUCAAAAGUUUGAACACAGUAUAAACUUAAGCAGCAACUGUUGGGUCCGUAUUCAUACAUGUACACCAGAAGAGUCAGACCUGACUUACUCUACAAAGAACCUAAGAGCCCUGAAUUGUACUCUUCCCAAAGUUUCAAAUAUUAUUGAGUUUAAUGGCAUAUUAAUGACAAAAAAUCGCAAUGCCAAAGCAUAAAAAAAAAUCAACAGAGACUAAAUCUCAAAAAAAACAAAAACUGCUGAAAUGGGUCAAUUUAAGGCUUCGCACACAUUUUGUAAAAAUAGAUGAAAUGUGUUCUGGUGCAGCGUAUUGCCAACUUUUCGACAUUGUCUUUCCAAGUAUAAUUAAAUUACACAAAAUUCUAUUUACUACCAGCUACGAAAAAGAAUAUAUAAAGAAUUUUAUUUUACUACAAAAUGGAUUUGAUCAGCUACAUAUCAAAAAGAUAAUACCAAUUACUAAAUUGGUUAGCGGCGAUCCUAUCGAAAAUUUUGAAUUUCUAGCAUGGUUUAAGAAAUUAUUCGAUGAACACAAUGAUAAAGGAAAUGAACUUUUCUAUGAUGCAGAAAAGGCUAGAGACUAUGCCCCAAUUUGCAUAAAUUCUCCUGGAUCAAAUAGAAUUCCACCUAUUUAUGUAAGACCGAAUCCAAAUAUUUUUGAUACUCCAAAAAUUUCAAUUACGGCCAAUACAAUGAACUUAGAAAAAUCACUGGAAGAUAUAGAUAAUACUGAAGAAACAAAUGUGGAGAAUUUUGUAUCGAAACUUGUGUACAUUAAUAAGCGUAUGAAAAAGAUGCACAAUGUUUAUAGAUCCCAAAAGAAAACAACUGAUUGGUUAAUAACGAAGGUCAAGGAAAUUGAAGAAAUCUGCGCGAAAUCACUCAGUCGUACUUUUAAAAGUCCUUGGCUACAAAGUUUGGAUAAUAUUCUAAAUGCUCAAACAUUACAUGAAAUUUGGAUGUUAAAUGACGAGCACACUAAGAAAAUACGAAAGGAAAUGGAUAGAGACCAUACUUAAGAAGUGUUAGUUAUUAUGACACAAAUACAGUAAACGGAAAAUUCAUAUUAACGAUAUUUAAUAGAGAAAUAUAUAUAAUAAAACUCGCCAAAUUACACAUGACUCCUUAUAACACCAAUUAUAUUAGCUUUGGAAAUGAUUAUGCUGAGUGAACUUUUUAAUAAAGCGAACCAAAGAUGACAAGACAACUCAUACUAAACCAAAUGUAUAAGUGACCCAGCCUACAAUCACAUAACAUCAACUAAUUGAUUGUUAUCUAAAAUAGUUGGAUUAAUAACAAUAAUAAAUAUAAAUAAUAAAUAAAUAAAGAGAACAAUUUUGAUCAUCUGUUCUUUGAUUUUUCGAUGAAACUUAAUAAAUA